AUGUUCCUGGUUGACGAGGAUAAGUAUGCGCUGCUACUGAGGAAAUGCGGUGUGGAAAAUGACCCCGUCAGGGCAAAUGCAAUCUUUGCCUCGAUUCUCUCCAGCAGAUGCCGCAGCAGCACUUACCUUCGCAAUCUCGCCAUUGAAAUGUUCGGCAAAUGCGGGAGUGUGGCCAACGCGCGCCGGGUUUUCGAUGGCAUUGACAACCCAAACGAGUUCUCGUGGACGAUGAUGAUCACCGCAUAUGCCCGGAAUGGGCAUGUCGAUGAAGCGCGGGAUUUGCUGGAGAGGAUUCCGGAGAGGAAUGUGAUGGCCGAUACCGCGCUGCUAGUCGCAUAUUCCCAGGCUGGGCAUUUGCAGGAGGCCAGGGAUCUCUUCGAUUCCAUGCCAUUCCGGAAUAGCGUGGCGCGCGAUGCGAUGCUCCACGCGCUCGCAUCCAACGGCCAUCUGGGCGAGGCCAAGGGCCUGUUCGAUUCCGGAAUGCCGUGCCGGAGCAUCAUCUCGUGGACAUCGCUGCUCCAGGGCUACUCGGAGAGCGGGCAAUUCGUCCUCGCCAAGGAGCUCUUCGAUGCGAUGCCCGAGUGGAAUAUCGUGUCCAGCACCGCGAUGUUCCAGGCGCUGGCCAGGAACGGGGAGAUCGACGCCGCCAGGGCUCUGUUCGAUGCAAUGCCGCUCAAGAACAUCGUGUCUUGGAAUACCCUAAUCGGGUGCUACGCUCACAGCGGCCAGAUCGAUGGCGCCAUCGCGGCUUUCGAGGCGAUGCCGGAGUGGGAUGUGUGCUCCAGCAGUGCCGUGCUCAGCGCCUACUCCGACAGAGGUAAUCUCGCCAGGGCAGAAGAAAUCUUCGCCAGGAUCCCGUGCUUCAACGUCGUGGCGCUCAAUGCGAUGAUCGCAGCGUAUGCCCAGAAUGGGCAUCUGGAGUCAGCCGAGCAGCUCUUCUGGAGGAUGCCUGUUUGGGAUGUGAUCUCUUGCAAUGGGAUGAUCACGGCCUAUGGGAGCUUCCGGCGAGUGAGGAAGAUGGAGGAGGUCUUUUACGAGAUGCAAGAGAGGAACAUCGUCAGCUGGAAUGGGAUGAUCGCUGGUUAUGCCUUCAAUGGGGAACUGGAGAAGGCAAGAGUUUUGUUUGAUCUCAUGCCGCGGUGGGAUGUCUCGUCCUGGAACGCUCUUCUCGCGGCUUUUGCACAGCACUACGAUGCUCUCGGCGCCAAGACGGUGUUUGAUUCGAUGCCUCUACACAGCCUGGUCUCCUGGAACGCGAUGCUCACUGGAUUCUCUCAAGGAUUGUUCCUCAAGGAGACGAUGGAGUUCUUUCACCAGAUUCCAGAGCCGGAUGUGGUCUCCUGGAACGCUCUGGCUGCUGCCUACGCUCACAACGGCCAUGUUGGAUCAUCAAAGCUCAUAUUCGAUCGAACGCCUGCGAAGAACACGGCAUCCUGGAACACGAUCAUCUCGGUGUUUUCAAACUCGGGCAGAGGGAAGUUGGCGCUGGAUCUGGAGCUGCAAAUGGUGGUGGAAGGGUUCCACCCCGACGACAUGACGAUGAUGAGCACACUGAGUGGUUUCACUCACUCUGGGGUGCUGAGAGACGCGUUGUGCUGCUUUAGCUCCAUGGUUGGCGACCAUGGAGUGAAUCCCGCGAGGGAGCAUUACGGUCUGAUGAUCGACAUUUUGGGACGAGCAGGAGAGCUCAACGAGGCGGAAGAUCUCAUCGGAAGCAUGCCGUUCAUUCCCGGUACCGGCCAGUGGACAGCUCUGCUGAGUUCUUGCAAGCUCCAGAGUGAUCGGGGCCGAGGAACGAAGUUGGUCUCUCAUCUCAAUCCGCAGAAGGCAGCUCCGUAUGUUGUUCUAGCUGGGAUCAUCAACGCUGGCUAG